AUGGUGAAGAUGUAUUCCAUACAGAGGAAUCAGUUCUACACCACAAUUACAUCGAAUGAGAGUGUGCUUCAUUUGCGGUGCAAGAAAAAAUGUGGUUGGAUGCUACGGGGUACCAAAUCUAGUGAGCACUCGCGUGGCUUCGCCCUAGUCACAUACAAAGGCCCGCACCGGGAGAACUGUGUCACGGAAGUACUGUCCACUGAUCACCCGCAUUUGGAUUCGUCGUUAAUAUCAGAUUUUGUGAAGUCCUUUGUUCGGAAAGAUCCGUCUUUGAAAGUUGAAUUCAUACAAGAACUCAUCUCCAAGCAAUUUCAUUUCGAUGUCCCGUACCGGAGGGCAUGGUAUGCAAAGGGGAAAGCAAUAGCUGAUAUUUACGGUGAUUGGGAGAGUUCUUACGGCAGACUUCCGCACUUCAUGCAAGCCCUCCAACAGUCAAACCCGGGAACGUGUGUUGUGUGGAAGUACAAAGCGUUGGUUGACGGUGUUUACUACAACAACAUGGAAGUGUUUGAAAGAGUGUUUUGGGCGUUUGGCCCUUGUAUCGACAGUUUUAAACAUUGUAUGUCAGUUAUCUGUAUCGAUGGGACGCACUUGUACGGGAAGUACAAAGGAACACUGUUGGUUGCUACAAGUGUUGAUGCAAACUUCCAAGUAUUUCCUCUAGCAUUUGCGUUGGUUGAGGGGGAAAACACCUCCAGCUGGUCUUGGUUCCUGGGUUGCAUUCGGGUUCAUGUCACUCAACGAGAUGGCCUUUGUGUUAUAUCUGACCGACAUCCUGGGAUCAUUGCAGCAAUGACUGAUCCGAACGUUGGAUUUACCGAGCCGCGAGCCUAUCACAGAUUUUGUGUUCGCCACAUAGCUUCUAACUUGAAGACUCACGUGCGACGAAACGACAUGAGAGAUAUGUUCAAGGCUACGGCGUACCAAAGGCAGGAAAGAAAACUACACGGCGAUCUGUGUUUCAUUAGUGAGGCGUGUACCAAGGCAAUGGAGUACAUUGUUCAAAUUCCGUUCACCAUGUGGUCCCUCUUUCACGACGCUGGACGUAGAUACGGGAUUUGCACUACUAACUUCUCUGAGACAUUCAACAACGUGUUGAAGGGAGCACGGUUUCUACCGAUCAUGUCCCUAGUCGAGUUAACUUUUCAUAGAGAUAACAAAUAUUUCACUUUGAGAAGGGAGUCUUCUGAGGCAAGAUUUGAACAGGGACUUGCAUACCCCCCCAAGGUCACUGCCAUUCUAGAGAAGAACACCGCAAAAGCCAGAUAUCACAGAGUGGAUGCGUAUUCCCUGUUAUUUUUUAAUUUGGUGGUUGGACUGUUGUUGGGCUGUUUCGAGUUUUCUGCAGUGCUUAAAGUUGACGGAACUCCCAGAAUAUGGUGGUGGUACGUGGUGGGGAGUGGCGGAGUUGGUGGUCGACGGUGGUGGGGUAGGGCUGUGGAGCUGGCUGUUGUGGUGGCUGUUGCAGGACUGCAGCAUGCAAGCUGUUUGCUGAAGCUUGUUUUCUGCCUGGAUGCUGGUUGCUGUUUCCAGCAGAAAAGCGCUGUCUGA